GCCGAAUCCUCUGAACUCGCUAUACGUGCAACCAGUAGGCUACUCAAGAUAUCAAACAGCUUCAAUGUAUCUUAUCAGUUUUGAUACAUUGUAUCGGUUGCCUGAAGUGGUCUUAUAAGGGUGUUUUUAUUAGAUUGUCCUUUUUCUCUCUACAUAUUUUCCAUUGGAACAUGCUGCGUGUGAGAUCAGCAUUCUACCAGUCUUGGAGGGGCUUCAGGACCUUCCCCUGUGCGGCUGUUGAAGUGAAGAAUGAGCCCAUCCUGGGAUUCAACGAGGGCAGUCCAGAGAGGGCUGAGCUGCAGAAGGCCCUGGAUGACCUGAAGGGGAAGACAGAGGAGAUUCCCUGUGUAGUUGGAGAUGAACAUGUGUGGACCAAAGACAUCAGAUACCAGCUAUCCCCCUUCAACCACUCUCACAAACUGGCCAAGUUUUGCUAUGCUGGCAAGGAGCUGCUCAACAAGGCGAUCUUGGCCUCUGUGGCGGCGAGGAGAGAAUGGGACCUGAAACCCAUCCAGGACCGAGCCCAGGUCCUCUUUAAGGCUGCUGACAUCAUCAGUGGACCUAAGAGAGCUGAGAUUCUGGCCAAAACCAUGAUCGGCCAGGGUAAAACAGUGGUGCAGGCAGAGAUUGAUGCAGCUGCAGAGCUAAUAGACUUCUUCCGGUUCAAUGCGAAGCACGCUGUUGAACUGGAGAGCCAGCAGCCUCUGGACAGUGACGGUAGCACCAACACCAUGCUCUACCGUGGGCUGGAGGGUUUCAUAGCUGCUGUUGCCCCAUUUAACUUCACUGCAAUUGGUGGAAACCUGGCAGGUACACCUGCUCUCAUGGGUAAUGUAGUUCUGUGGAAGCCUAGUGACACAGCCAUGUCAGCUAGCUACGCCGUCUACAAUGUCCUCCGGGAUUCAGGGUUGCCCCCCAACAUAAUCCAGUUUGUGCCGGCUGAUGGACCAGUAUUUGGAGACACCAUAACCUCCUCUGAACACCUUGCUGGCAUCAACUUCACUGGCAGUGUCCCUACCUUCAAGCGCCUGUGGAAACAGGUGGCCCAGAACCUGGAUGUCUACAAGAAUUUUCCUCGGGUGGCAGGAGAAUGCGGUGGUAAGAACUUCCAUUUUGUGCACAAGUCAGCAGAUGUACAGAGUGUCGUGACAGGGACCAUCCGCUCAGCGUUUGAGUACGGAGGGCAGAAGUGCUCGGCCUGCUCCAGGAUGUAUGUACCAGACUCUCUGUGGCCCCAGAUCAAACAGGGGCUCCUAGACAUCCACAAGCAGCUCAAAGUGGGAGACCCCGUGGCGGACUGGAGUACAUUCUUCUCUGCUGUGAUUGAUGACAAGUCCUUUGCUCGUAUUAAGAAGUGGUUGGACCAUGCCAAGUCUUCCCCUAAGCUGAACAUUAUUGCUGGGGGCCACUGUAAUGACAAAAAGGGUUACUUUGUGGAGCCCACCAUCAUUGAGAGCACAGACCCACAAGAAGCCAUCAUGGCCGAGGAAAUCUUUGGGCCAGUUCUGUCUGUCUAUGUUUACCCUGAGAACGACUACCUGGAAGUUCUGCACCUGAUAGACAACACAUCACCAUAUGCCCUGACAGGAGCUGUCUUUGCUCUCGAUAAGAAUGUUGUGAAUGAGGCAGCCAAAGCCUUGCGGAACGCUGCAGGAAAUUACUAUGUUAAUGACAAGUCCACUGGCUCUAUUGUCGCCCAGCAACCAUUUGGUGGCGCCAGAGCUUCAGGUACUAAUGACAAACCUGGUGGUCCUCACUACGUACUGAGAUGGACGUCCCCACAGGUGGUCAAGGCCACCCACGUCCCGCUCCGAGAAUGGAAGUACCCCUAUAUGGGUUAAAAAGACAGUUCUCUACCCCUUCCUCCCCUACCUAGGCCUCCCUCACCCAAUCCUAGUUCUGCAGAGGAAUCUGUAGGCGUUUUCUCCAGUCAACACGGACAAUCAAAUGAAGAGAACAAUGCUCUCCUUACUCAUCCAAGUUUUGUCCCUUUUUGUCCUUAUAAGUAUGCACUGAAUCUAUACACAAGUAUGAAUGUAAUUAUUAGCUGUUCUAAAUUGAAAGGGGGAGCAACAGUGCCCCUCUGGCACUUCAUGAGAUCAGCAGGAGCUGCAGCUGACCCAGCCAAGCUGCCUGCUAGCUGUACAGAAGAAUGACAAUAUGACAAUACGUCCUGUGGAUCCACAGACAUAGUAAAACUGUGUGGUCUACCAUGGAUUCCACAGACUUGUAAUAAUCAAUCAUCUUUUUUUUUAAAUCAAAUGGCUGCUAUGUGCUUCUGAGCCUCUGUUUUACCAUCUCAGUACUGACUGGUCCUGAGAUGCAGGCUACUCACUGUUAGGUUGUCUCCGCCUGUUCUGUCCUGAGGAAAGUAUUCAAAGAGUUGUUAAGCAUCAAAUACUUUACGAAACUGACUCUAUUAUAAAAAUUACCUGACCGUCUCAUCUUAACAUCCUUUGACAAAAACAAUAACACUGAGUUUUGACCAUGAAUAUUUCAUGACAGCUAAAGUUCAAGUAUCAAAAUGUUUAUAAUUUUAAGUGUUUGUGAUGGCAAAAAGAGGGAAAAAUGGUUAUCCUCUUGUUUUGGUGCUAAGAAAGUCCUUAACCUAAACUCAGUUCCUCGCUGUGUACACUUGAACUAUGGCUGGUCCUACAGGAUGUGGCUAUGAUCACAUGUAUUUAUAAAGCCCUCAGCAUAUGUCACAAAGUGCUUAUACAGAAACCCAGCCUAAAACCCCAAAGAGCAAGCAAUACAGAUAUAAAGUACAGUAGCUAGGAAAAACUCCCUAGAAAGGCAGGAGCCUAGGAAGAAACCUAGAGAGGAACCAGGCUCUGAGGGGUGGCCACUCUUCUGGCUGUUCUGGGUGGAGAUUUAUAAUAGUACAUGGCCAGAUCGUUCUUGAAUAUGUUCAAACGAGAGGGUCGAAAACAGCAUGUCCUGGACAAGGUAGCACGUCCGGUGAACCGGUCAAGGUUCCAUUGGCGCAUGCAAACAGCAGAAACUGGAUCAGCAGCACGACCAGUUGGACUAGGACAGCCAGGAGUUGUCAUGCCAUGUAGUCCUGAGGCAUGGGCCUCUGGGAGGGGGGAGAGAAAGAGAGACAUUGAGACUGCGCAUGACAGCUUGGUCUCAUAGACUAAACGUAACAUACUAAAAGUACAUCCGGGACACUCAAAUUAGUAUGAUAUUUUAUGUUUGGUAUGGUUACGUGAGGAAAAUACCAAAAGUAGGGUGGUUGGUCAGGCAUAUAAUGUAAAUGUCUAGCAAUCCAAAGGUUGCGAGUUCGAAUCUCAUCACAGACAACUUUCGCAUUUUACUUUUCAACUACUUACAACUUUUUAUAACUUUUGCAACUACUAGCAUGUUAUGUAACCCUUGACCCUUUUUAGCUAACCCUAACCCUUUAACAGAACUCCUAAACUUAACCCUAACCCCUAUCCUAGCUAACAUUAGCCACCUAGCUAGAAUUUGUAACAUUUAUAUGUUUUGAAAAUUCAUAACAUAUUGUACGUUUUGCAAAUUCGUUACAUAAUCAUACAAAAUGGGUGAUGGACAUCCACAAAUUAAUACAUACCAUACGAAACGUUACAUACUAACUGGAGUGUCUUGGAUUUCCGUUAAGGAUAUUACAAAAUGCUCUGAGACCCGGUUGAGCAUGAGGGUGCUGUUACCUUUUUACUUAAACCCCACUUUGCCAUCUAAUCAUGUUUACCUCAUCAACCGCGCACACUUACUGUUCUUUUCCAAUUGUGGAAUAUUUUACUGAGCGUUUGCAAAAAUAUAUGUAAGUGCUAAUUGCUUCAUGUGAUUGCUCAGUCUCAAUCUGAAUUUCAUGCCAUCUUUAUCGUUUUGAAAACAAUUUCAGUGGGAUAUAUUUUGAUACAAUGUAUUUUGUAUUUUUAAUAUUUUUCUGUUAAAUGCUAAUAUAAAUGAUUUGUCUUCGAUUGUGCCUGUAUUGUUAAUAAUAGAGAUUGACCUUUAUUAAAUUUGUGGUCAUUAAAUUAUUUCAGAAAGUAUAUUAA